UGCUGACAGACCGGGUUGCCCUUUCUGCUACGUAUUUCCGGUGUGCGGUGUCCGUUCUCUCUUACUCGCUGGUGUCUAAGGCCCCGGGCCGGGAGAAGAGGAGGAGUCGCCGCAGCCGCCGCCGCCGGGUACCGAACGGGGAGAAGAGGAGAGCCGGGAGGAGGACACAGAUUCAGAAAUGUCUUUCAUAUUUGAGUGGAUUUAUAACGGCUUCAGCAGUGUGCUGCAAUUUUUAGGAUUAUACAAGAAAUCUGGCAAACUAGUGUUUUUAGGCUUGGACAAUGCUGGCAAAACAACACUGCUACACAUGUUAAAGGAUGACCGGCUUGGACAACACGUCCCCACACUACAUCCAACAUCAGAAGAGUUGACAAUUGCGGGAAUGACCUUCACAACCUUUGAUCUUGGUGGACAUGAACAAGCUCGGCGUGUUUGGAAGAACUACCUACCAGCAAUUAAUGGAAUUGUUUUUCUUGUGGACUGUUUAGACCAUUCACGCCUUAUGGAGUCCAAAGUGGAGCUCAAUGCACUCAUGACAGAUGAUACGAUAUCUAAUGUGCCAAUUCUUAUCCUUGGGAAUAAAAUUGACAGACCUGAGGCAAUUAGUGAGGAGAAGCUGAGAGAAAUAUUUGGACUUUAUGGACAAACCACAGGAAAAGGUAAUGUGCCACUGAAAGAUUUAAAUGCUCGCCCAAUGGAAGUGUUCAUGUGCAGUGUGCUGAAGAGGCAAGGCUACGGAGAGGGCUUCCGCUGGCUUUCACAAUACAUUGACUGAGACUUUUUCCCCCCUUUCCUCUCCAACUCCUCCCUUUGGAACAGUAAGAAAACAAAAAAAAACGACACCAGAUAGAUAAUACAGCAUUCAGCUCCUCCGUGCUUGAUCCAGAUGGACUUUUCUCUCUGUGUGGGGCAGACCCAUGUAGGCAGUGAUUAACACUUGCGACAACCAGGAGCCUUAUGGGGCAUCCUGCACUGAUCAAGAGUUAAUUGAAUUCAAGGAAAACAAUUCUAUUUUUUAAAAAGUGUCCCUCUCCUUUUUUUUUUUUUUUUUUUUUCCAUAAUAUUUUUUUUAAAUACCAGCUUGUUUGGUCCGGAGUUUGUAGUAGCUUUUUUUUUUUGUUUGUUUGUUUUUUUGGUAUUUUUUUUUUUUUUUAAAUCUAUUUAAUGGUAUUUACAUUUAUCACUAAAUACUGAUCCACGUAUCAUGGCAUUAGAAGUCCACAAUAAACAUAGUUUUGGGCUGGCCUGCUCUCUAACAAUGAUUAUGCUGUAUAAACUGGCUUAUGUGUAUUUGGAGGGUGGCUUGGUGACCCUGAGGGGGGAUAAAUAUUUUGUGCAAAGGUGAAAAUUGCCUUUUUACGCAAAGAGCAGUUCUAGCCACUGGUUUUAAAAGAGCAAUAAUAUUGGGAGUGUUCUGCAUUUAAUAUUAUUGACCUUUUAAAUUGUGGGACCGGAUCCUCAAACAAACCGCAUAGUAAAUAUACGCCAAAACCUGCUUUAUUUUCCCUGCCAACUAUCUCAGUGCAACUUGUUGCAGAGCAGUAAAAGGGUUUUGACCAUGCACUACUUUUUAGUACUACAGUAUACGAAGGGAGAUAUGUAAAAAGAAAAAAAAAUAUUUACUGUUACAAAAGAAAAAAUAUAGUGAAUUGGUUUUUGCUACCUAUUUCAUAGUGAUAUAAUAUUUGUUUAAAUUCUUUUAAAAGUAACAUAAAAUAAACAAAACCAUGGAACAUACAGUAAAGCUUUUCAAAUAACAGAAGUUCGAUAAUGAUAGCGCUUGGGAUAUCUGCUACUGGAACCUAUAUAUUUUUUGUAAUCACUAUAGAUCUUUUAAACCUUGUCUUGGCGCAUUGCUAGGCCAAAAGUUGUUUGACAAACUAGGUUUGUUUAGACUGGCUCCUAGGAGUAUAUUUACUAAAACGUGGGUUUAUAGAAGUGAAAAUGUUGCCCAUAGUAACCAAUUGGAUUCGACUUAUUUAUCUACCACCUUCUAGAAGAUAAUAGCUAUAAUCUGAUUGGUUGCUAUGGGCAACAUCUCCACUUCUAUAAACCAGCACCUUAGUAAAUUUACCCCCUAGAUUUAACUUCAUAUUGUCCAACCCAGGAAUAGACAAGUACUUUUGCUUAGAUUCUGUCCAAGUAAAAAUAAGUUGAUUAAAAUGAAGUGUUAAUUCAGUUCACAUGAGUUCAGUCUUAAAGUGUAUACACACGGUGAGAUAUUGACUAUCUCCGAUUUUGACUUUGCGAUUUCCCCUGAACUCACUGAAGCCUGAACCACUGAUACUGACUAUCUUUACUUGAGAUUUUGACUAAGUGCCAAUUUUGACUAUACUAUGUACUAGAUUGUACACAAUAUAGUCAAGAUUGACUUGCCUGCACAGUCUAUCUUUUCUUGUGAUACCGACCCCACGGGAGCGCGCAUCGGUAUCGCAAGCUGUGUACACACGUUGCGAUUUGCACUAACUUUCCUUACGAUUUUUUGGCUAUAUAGUCAAAACCGUUAGGUUACAUCGCACAGCGUGUAUGCACCUUUAGCAAUUGGACUUAUUUACAAGUUGGUUAUUGUUAGAUUAAGAGAAAUUGACUCUAUUGAAUGCUUGGCUUGAGAGGAAAAUAAAACAAAAAACAAUUUCCCCAAAACAUUAUAAAAAAAUUGAAUAGGAUGAUUGGAAUGUUUUUUUCUGAAUAAAAGUCAUUGCAGUGAGAUCACUGGUCAUGUAGUGGUUUAAGCAAAUUAUUUAGUUUUGAAGAACAGCAUUCAGAUAUGAGGUAAUUACAGAAAGGAAUGAGAAUGUCAUGGACGAGUAGCCGUAAAACUGUAUAACCAUGGCUAGUUAUGCACACUCACCUCCUCUUAUGGUGGGAACGUUCCCAUGUAUCCUAACUUUCUAAGACCGUUCAUUUUGUCCUCCAGAAAUCAUCUUCUCGUGGGGCUUCAUUUGCAGUUAGGAGUAAAUUCAGCUUGGUCAGUUUUGUGCCUUGAUAAAUACAUGUUGCUCUGCCACAGUGGCAAAGUUAAAAUGUGUGGACAGAUUUAGAGUUAUCGGUGAAGAGGUAUGUCCUAAAUCGCAGUGUAAAGAUUAAGGUGCCCAGUAUUUGUGCAAAAGCAGCCAGUAUAUUCCCUGUAUGCUAAUAUAAAAAAAAAAAUCCUAACAUGACAAUAGUGUUUGCACACAUUUACAUAAGGUGUAUUUGAAAGAAAAAAAAAAAAACAUAACUGCAUACUGUGCAUUCCUUCACUGGAGAUACAAUGUCAGACCUUUCUCUGCAGUAGGCUGGUGGAGGUACUUGUCAUUAGAAGUCUCUUCCAGACUGCGCUGCCUGCUGAUCACACACCAUCCUUGGGCAAUUAGCAAUGGAAUAGAUCCAGGCCAGAGACUAAACUAAUUUAAAUUUCAAACUUCCCACACCUGGGGAAUUGUUGUGUGUGGGCAGGGCUGUAACUAGGGGUGUGCGGACGGUGCUGCCACCCCGGGCUCUGGAAACACCACAGUCUCUGUCUCACAGCACCUGCAUUUGGCUUACAAGUAGACCGGCUGUUCCGGGAAGUUCUCUAUGUCCUUCUGGCAGCCCUGCCCCUUAACAUGAUGUCAUAACAUAACCUGCUUGGAGCCAGCACAGUGUGGCUGUGUGCAGGUUUGUUUAGAUUUGCAUGCUAACACCUUUCAAUGCUGUUCAGUUUAAAUAUACACUCAUUGGCCACUUCUUUACGUAUAUUCUUCCAGAAGUCUUUUAGGAACCCCCGCUGCCUCCAAAAUAGUCUGACUUUUAGUGGUAGAGAUUCCGCAAGGUGCUGGAAACAUUCUCUAGAAAAUCCAUAUUGACUUAACAGAAUCAGACAGUUGCUGCAGAUUUGUGUGCUGCUUGUUUGUUCUGCAAAUCUCCCUUCCCAGCCAAAUGUGCUCUAUUAGAUUGUGAUCUGGUGAUUGAACUCAUUGUUGUCUUUGUGACAUGACGAGUUUUCCUGAAAAAAACCUUUAUAUGAUGGGUCUAGAGGAUAUAAAGGCACUCACUUGGUCAGCAGCAAUACUUACGUAGGCUAUGGAAUUUAAAUGCUGCUAGGGGGGUGAUUCAGACCUGAUUGCUGGGCUGCAAACUUUGCUGUCCUGCGUUCAGAUAGUCGCCGCCUCCAGUGGAAGUGUAAAUUCGCUGUGCUAUUCCAUGUGUACGCAGGGCUGCAAAAGUUCACUUUGCGUAGUCUCUUCGUAGCCCAGGACUUACUCCUACAGUGCGAUGAGAAGUGGCCGAUUGGGGCCGGAGCUGACGUCACACGCCCUCCCUGAAAACACUUGGACACGCCUGCGUUUUUCCGAACACUCCCAAAAAACUGUCAGUUAAACACCCACAAACUGCUUCCUCCCAUGCAAUUGGAUAUUUCGCACCAUCCCGUCACUGACCGGCGAUGCCCUUUGUUGUCUGCUGCGCAUGUGCAUUGCGGUGCAUGCGCAGUUACUACCUGAUUUCCCGCUGUGGGGAAAAAACACAGCAGCGAUUAGGUCUGAAUCACCCCCUAGGUUUGUAUUAAGGUGCCUAAUGUGCCAAAAAUCAUUCCACAGCCCAUUUUACCGCCAUCAGUAUGAACUAUUGGACAAGGUAGGAUGGAUUCGUGUUUACACUAAAUACUGAUCCUUCUAAUCUGCAUGUCACAGCAGACAAUGAAGUUUGUCGGAUCAGGCAACAUUUUCCUAUAUUCAGCUGUCCAGUUUUGAUUAACUGGUUUCCACUGUGGUCUUCAGUUUCUUGUUCUUAACUGACAGGAGUGAAUCCUCAACUAUAUGUUUUGAUGUGUUGUGUAUUCAGUGAUACUCUUCUGCAUACCACGAUUAUACUGCAUAGUUAUUGGAGUUAUCUGGCCUUUGAUGAUUAAUAAGGCAUUUUACCCACAGAACUGCCACUCACUGUGUGUUUUUGCUGUUUUGGGCACCAUUCACUGUAUUUUAUGUUUGACUAUCACAGGAAAUCAACUAUCUCAGAUAUUCAAACCACCCAGACUGACAAAUAAAAUCAUUCCACAGUCAAAGAUCACAUUUUUCCCCAUUCUGAGGAUUGUUCUUUACAAUAACUGAGCCUCUUAAUCAUGUCUGCAUGCUAUUUUAUGCAUUGCAUUCCUGCCACAUGAUUAGCUAAUUAGAGCUUUGGUUUAAUAAGCAGAUGUACCUAAUAAAGUGGCCAUUCAGUGUAUAUCCAUGUUAUGUGAAAGAUAAACUAAAGUGAUUAAUUUUAGGAAUAUAAUACUAUCGAACCAUAUGAAAAAUGUAGUUACAUGGUUAGCUGUUCAUACUACAAAAUAAAAUGAGAAUUUUUCAAAUAA